CCUCCUUCGACCGACGCCCCCCUCCCUCCCGCCGACCGCCCAUCUGUCCUCAACACCAAAAGUUGACGACAUCACGACUUCUCGCCCAGUCCCUUUUCGGAUCCCGACAAUUUCUCCUCCCGAAGUUCUAUUUCCUUCCGUGAGCGGGAAAUAGACAGACCAACCCGCACAACCACCCACCAUGAGCGGCUACCAGAAUGGAGAGCGGCCCGCCCGCGCCGUCGACGAUGACAGCGACGUCGAGGAGGAGGCCCUCGUCAACGACUACAAGGAGCAGGUCCAGUACGAGGACAACAUUGGCGAGGACCUCGAGCAGGUCAGCUCCCUGACCAUGGCCCAGCAGACCGACGACAUCCAGUCUCGCCUCGCAGCCGCCGCCCAGCCCCUCGACUUCUCCGCGCCCCUCGAGGUCAAGUUCCAGAGCUACGACUCGUACUGCAGUCUGUUCCACUUCAUCCUCAACAGCGAGGGUCCCGUCGACCUUGAGCCGCCCUCCUACUACUGGGCCUGGGACGUCAUCGACGAGUUCAUCUACCAGUUCAACUCCUUCUCCUCCUACCGCAUGCGCAUCGCUCGCCAGGGUAACAACGAGGAGGAGAUGCAGGUUCUCAAGGAGAACCCCAACACCUGGGGUUGCUACUCCGUCCUCAACGUCCUCUACUCCCUCAUCCAGCGCUCCCAGAUCACCGAGCAGCUGGCCGCCAUGCGCCGCAACGAGGACCCCAUGGCCGUCGCUGGCGAGUACGGCAACAAGAACCUGUACCGCAUGCUCGGCUACUUCUCCAUCAUCGGCCUGCUGCGCGUCCACUGCCUGCUCGGCGACUUCAGCCUCGCCCUCAAGACGCUCGACGACAUCGAGCUCAACAAGAAGGCCAUGUUCGCCCGUGUCAUGGCCGCCCACUUCACCACCUACUACUACGUCGGCUUCUCCUACAUGAUGAUGCACCGCUACGCCGACGCCAUCAAGAUGUUCAGCCACAUCCUCAUCUACGUCUCCCGCACGAAGAACUUCCAGAAGAACGCCCAGUACGACUCCAUCACCAAGAAGAACGACCAGAUGUACGCCCUCAUCGCCAUCUGCGUCGCCUUCCACCCCACCCGUCUCGACGACACCAUCCACUCCGCCCUGCGCGAGAAGUACGGCGACCAGCUCCUCAAGCUCCAGCGUGGCGGACCCGAGUCACUGCCCAUCUUCGAGGAGCUCUUCCGCUCCGCCUGCCCUAAGUUUAUCUCCCCCGUGCCUCCUGACUUUGAGAACCCCGAGUCCAACAUCGACCCCGUCGAGCACCACCUCGCUGUCUUCAUGGAGGAGGUCAAGAUCAACAUGUGGAGCCCCACUGUCAAGUCCUACCUCCGCCUCUACACCACCAUGGACCUUAACAAGUUGGCCGGCUUCCUCGAGGUCAAGCCCGACGAGCUCCGUUCCUGGCUCCUCGUUAACAAGCAGCGCACCAAGCAGCUGCGCUGGACCGACCACCCCAGCCUGCUCGACGGCGACCUCGUCAACAUCAGCGACCUGGACUACGCAAUGCAGGGUGACCUCAUUCACAUCUCGGAAGCUAAGGUCGGUCGCAAGCUGGUGGACUGGUACCUCCGCAACCUGUCCCGCACGUACGCUUGAGCCAUCGUGGUGCGCCACGGUCUACACAACCAGCACGGCAAGGUGGGAGAGCAGCUGGCCGCGACGAGGAAAGCAGAAGAAUACAAAGAAGUGGAAGAAUCAAAAGGCGAGGCUGCUGUGUCCGCUCGUGUGUGUGUAGUUACCAAAACAGAGACCUGCCAGAGAAGGUGGGGGAGGGCCUGAGGAAGAACACCAACUGUCCCUCGCCUACCUGACUAUCUAUACCCACUGGGUUUCCGAGGCAGAGAGGGGCGGACAACAACCAGAAAAGAUGAACACUUGGGAAGAAGAGAGGAACAAAAUGGGGGCCCGGUAGAGGGAUGCUCGCAUUGUUACGGCGUUCAGGCGUCUUUGCUUCCUGGGACAAACACUGGACCUGGUUGACUGGCUGGUGGGGGGGGCGAGCGCGGGUUGAAGGUGUGAACGAACCCCCCAAAGGGAAUGAUUAAGAAUUCAAAGUACAAUGUCCAACCGAACAACUUUUUGUCCGAGGCGAGCGAUAUGCAGACAUACAUGCCGACGCCGAGCGCCGAAGAGUGUAGGGUUCGAGAGAGAAAAAAGUGCUAGGGACCAAGGAGGUUCAAGUUCCCGGCAAGUUUUCCUAGCAAAAUUAAAGUAAAACAAAGACAAU